CAGGGCACAUUAUUGUUGUGUAGCCCAUAUGACGGCAGUAACCUGUUCGUUCAGUGUCCGCUAGAGGUCGCUAAAGCUCUGCUGCUACAGUGGGACAGAGCUCUGCCAGUACAGGAAUGUGGCUAACCAAUUUGCCCGGUUCGCCAUGAAAAGACGGUGAUUUCAAGCGAAAAGCAGCAGCCACGGGGACCAUGUCGCACCAUCAUGUGGUUAAAGGAUGCAAACUGGUCGCCGUGCUUCUUCUCUGGCUUGGUCCCUCUGCUGGUGACACACACACGGCUUGUGCUCAUGCAGUAGAGCACCAGGAGCCCACUGCACACAGCUCUGUUGGUUUGGAAGAGGUAGUGAUAGUGAUCCAGAGUCAGAGGAACUCCUACCACACCCGUCGGGGGAGGCAGAGGAGGGCGGAGAUUCUGCAGCAGGCAGCUGAGCUGGGACAGGCUGAUCCAGUUGUUGUUCUCCUUCAUGAGCUGUCAGAUUAUGAUGGGGACUGGAGCAUCCUCCCUGCGCUUCCUCAGCUCUCUUCUACUUAUGGCAAAUCAGCUUCCUGGUUUUUCUUCAUAGAGGAGGAAACAAGAGUCACUCUAGCCACUCUGCUACAGGUGCUCCACAGAUAUCAAGUCCAAGAGGAAUGGUUCUUAGGUAAGAGUCUCCACGACAACGAGGCCUCCAUCAUCCACCACUAUGCCUUCUCUGAAGAGCCUGCUUCCUUCAGUUACCCUGAGCCUGCAGCAGGUUGGGCUCUCAGCACACCGCUGCUCCAGAGACUCGCUGAGCGGAUCCAACUCGAGUACCUCAAGUCAGAUUUUACCAUCGACUUGAAACACGAGAUUGCGUUGUAUAUUUGGGAGGAAGGAAACGGUCCAAAGCUGACAGCCAUUCCAGAGUUUUGUAUAGAGAUGAGAGACAACUGUGCUACAACAUUUCCAACCUACCUGCCCAACUGUGGAAAUGCAGUUUCAACAAAAGACGUGUUUGUGGCUGUGAAAACCUGCCAAAGAUUCCACUUGGAGCGAGUACCAGUUGUGAAAGCAACCUGGGAGAAAGAUGCUGGCUUUUUAGAGUUUUACAGUGAUGUCACUGAUGCCUCCAUACCCACAAUCAGUCUGGGAGUUCCCAAUACUGAAAGAGGGCAUUGUGGGAAGACAUUUGCCAUCUUGAGGCGGUUCCUGAGCAAAGCUGUGCCAAAGACUGACUGGCUACUCAUUGUUGAUGAUGAUACACUCAUCAGUUUACCCAGAUUGCGGCGGCUGCUGCAUUGCUAUAACCCAAAGGAAGCAGUGAGCCUGGGGGAGAGAUACGGCUACAGCUUGAUUCAGAAUGGAUACAGCUACGCCACAGGAGGAGCGGGGAUGGUCCUCAGUAGAGUGGCUGUGUCCAGGCUUAUUUCCAGUGGGUGUAGCUGCUACAGUGAUGAUGCUCCUGAUGACAUGGUGCUGGGCAGAUGCUUCACUUCUCUGGGUAUUCCCAUCACACACAGUCCACUGUUCCACCAGGCCCGACCGAAUGACUACUCUGAAACACUGAUCUCUUUGCAACAAGCCAUCUCCUUUCACAAGCACUGGGACAUAGAUCCUGUGGCUGUCUACAAACACUGGCUGCAGGACACACAUCCACGAGACGAACUGUAGAACUCUGUGUAUGCAGGACAGACCCACGUGUUCAAUCACACAACAGUGUGGAGCUAAAGAGGAGCAAACAAGCAGCACAGGAGCUGUAAACCCCUACAGCGACUGUGGAGAAGGCAAACAAACAUGUCUUGAAACAUAAUAACAAGCUUUAUUGAUGAAUAUUUUUGAUAUCUAAAUUUUAUUUUUAUUUAUUAAACUUUUAUUUAACCAGGAAAGGAAAAUCUAAUUUUCAGCAGAGUCCUGGACAGAACAAUUCAAUGAAAACAGAUACAAAACAAAUUGUGUAAAAAAGUGUUGUACAAAGUGUAGUACAAAAAUAUCUGUUCUUUUUUUCAGAAUGGAUUAAUGGACAAUCACUAAUGUGGAAGCAGUCACAGGAUUAUCUGCAGCUCUGUGGAGCCUUUUUAGCCUCAUUUAUCUUAUUUUUGUUUAAUGGCCUACACUCUGACUAUAUGACUGAGUCACAGCAUAAAUGCUCUAUUCAAAAGUAAAGGAACCUGAGAACUACAUGCUGAUGUUUCUUUGCCUCUGCUAAGUAGAUGAUAGUUUGUCUGUCAAUAUUAUAAUGUCAGCAUGCUGCAGGACUUCCAGUUCAGUCUCAGUUAUUUUCUGUCUAGCAGCCAUUUGGGGGCCUAGAUAUGCACACUAAAUUUUGCUGGUGAAGAGUGUUUUAUUUCAUUUAUUUAGGCUAGGUUUCAACAGAGUGAAAAGGUACUCACGAGGGAAACCUGGUCAUGACAGUCAGCAUAAAAAACAAGGCAACAACUAAAAUAAAAUACUAACCUAACAGUAAUAAUAUGAAGAAGGCUAAAAUAAGUUAAGAAUAGUGACAAAGAAGUCAUUAACCGUAGAAUUUACAACUGUCUUGAUUUCAGUCUGACAUUUCAGAUUCCUCAAUUUAAGUUUCAUUUCACUGCCAACUGUAAUGGUAAUAACAAAGAUUUCAUGUCAAUUAAUUUCAAUAAUAUUUUUUAUAUUUUCUGUUCAUUUCACUUUCAAACAAUACAUUGUUUAGUACAUUUACAUUUUUUGAGUAUCUCUGAAACAAAUGUUUUUGUUGAAUAAAUUUGGCACAUUGAAAUCUGUGAUGGAGGAAUGUUCUAUCAAAGUGUGAUAGUCUUUUAUUUUUGUUCUGUGAGCAGCAAAUCUGUUUGUGGGUUAGUCAGAGUGAAUGUGUGUGAGUAAUUACAACCAUAGCUGGAAGGCCUGUGUUAAAGUGCUGUUCUGCAGCUGUUUUUUUUUUUUUUUUAAAUAUAUCUGUUUGUGCAUUUGCCAAAAAAAAUGUUAUUUGUGUUACAUAAAUUACACAAGACUUUUUUAAUCAUUUUAACUAAAAUAUUUACUGGGUUGAACAAAACGUUUUGUGUGUGUUUGUGUUUUGUUUUGCGCCAUAGCAGACUGUGUGAAGGAGGAUGUUUGAAUCCCGUGCUGUUGUAGGUCUUCCUCCAUUUUUCUCUCUUAUCUAGAGACAGAGCAUACUACUACUAUACUAUACUACACUGCAGUGCAAUGAGCUGUUGCCAAGUGAUGCAGUUAAUUAAAUUCUGCUGCUCCUUUGCCAAAGAUUCUCUCCAAAGAUAGAUUUAGUUGUCCGUUUAUUAACGUCAAUGUUACAAUAAAUUAAGUUAGUGUUGCGGUGCCAAAUGUUCUGUUAUCAAGUUAUCAAUGAGUCUUGUUCCAUUCAAAUUAGUGGCUGUCACUUCUUCACACACGUCUAUUCUCUUUUCUUCAGCCAGCACAACUCCAAAUAUGAUUAAAGUUGUAAAAAAAAGGCUUAUAAGUCUCUGAUUGGUCACAAUGCAGAGGAAAACCUCACUGAUGAUAGUACAAGAGAUUGCCUUUUCUUUUCCUUUCUCUGCCUCAGCCUGUGUGAUUCUUUCAUUUCUCCAGACUUGUGAUUCUCACUGAGGCAGAAUCCCAUGAGUUGUGAAGAGUCUCACUAUCACCAUGUCAUUGUGACAUUAGUUACUAUGGUAACGGCUGUAUUGACUGCCCAUUAGUGACAUGUAGUGACAGAUUCUUUUUGAAGGCUUUGUAUGAUACUGAGCAGAUGACAUAUUGUCAAAAACACGUUCAGCAUGAAUUCAUGU